AUGGACGAUCUGCCCGUCUACGAGAGGACUCUAUCUGUACCUCAGUUGCUCGAGCAGCUGCCGAGCGAGAUCUCAAGUCUUGUUCGGUCUGCUUCGGGCAACCAGUACUUACAUGCGCUUGCGCUUGGCGCAUUAAACACGACACUCACAGAAAGCGUUUUCAGGAUUUAUGAGCCAGUGGUGGUGGAUUUGGCUGCGAGAUGGCUGCGAUCCGAUAUCAGUACCGACUACAUUCACGUUCUCUCGGCUUUCGCACGGAUUCUUCCCUUCGCGCCGUAUCUACGACCCUUUGCAAGCCAAUAUGCUCUGUCACCAACGGGGCCUCAGUCGGCUCUGACUGACUCCAAGGAACUCACAAUUCGUCAAUUGGACACAAAUAGCACCAGAAAUUUGCUUCUCACCCUUUUCCGACUUCUUUCAUUCGACUUGGAGACAUUUUCAAAGGCCGUAUCCCCGAUCCAGCUCCAAUCCCUCUUCCCACACCAAGAUCCGGUUGUCCGAUAUCUCGCCGUACGAUGCUUUGCCUUAUAUAUGCAUGCCGCCGAUGCAGCUAUCGAAAACAUGCUGCGUGUCAAUACUGGCACCGACCCAAUUGAAGGAGAAUGGGAAGGAAUCACAAUUGACUAUCGCCUUUUGGGUUUGUGGGAGGAACGUCGGUGGGCAUCUCUCGAAAGCUCUAUCCGGGAAACCCGGGCGUUAAGAUCCGAUGGCGAUGCCUUGAAACUUAUUGAGAAUACCCGUGAUUUCUUCACUAGCCGAUCUGCUGAUAUAUCCGGUGUUUUAAUCCCACGCCUGAAAGAUGCACACCCGUCUCCUUCUUCCGUUGUCGAGACUCCCACGGCAACUGCCAACCUGCGUCGGAUCGCGACAUCUCUCCUUGGAUUUAAGCCUAUCCUCUUGGUUGGCUUGCCCAAUGCAGGCAAGACCACGCUUAUCGAUCAUAUCGCAGCUAAGAUGGGCCAGUCAGAGUCAAUGGUCACUUUGCAUCUCAACGAACAAACAGAUGCGAAGAGUCUACUUGGAAUGUACGCCACAUCUUCCGCAUCAGGUUCCUUUUCAUGGCAGCCAGGUGUCUUGACAAAGGCUGCGAGAGAGGGCCGCUGGCUCUUGAUUGAGGAUUUGGAUCGUGCUCCGUCUGAAGUGCUUGGCCUCAUCCUUCCAAUCAUCGAAAGAGGCGAGUUGACAAUCGCCAGCCGAAGGGAGCGGAUUAAGUGCGCAGAAGGCUUCAAAAUCAUCGCAACGAUGAAGUCUUCCUACAAUAUUGCCGGAGAGGAAAUUGCACCCACUACCUCCAUGCUUGGCAACCGGCUAUGGCAAAGAGUUCCGGUCACCUCUCUACCCGUUGAAGAGAUGCGGGAUGUAAUCUUGCAAAAGUUCAGCCUCCUCGAGUCUCGAGUUCCAACUAUCAUGAACGUCUAUGGUAAGAUCUGUGCGGCAUUCCACGGUAGUCUGGCCAUCAAAGGGUCUCAGGGACGUACUCCUGGCUUCCGUGACUUGAUCAAGCUUUGCAGUCGCUUAAACCAUCGCCUGCAGCGUAUUGGUGCGAAGACCGGCUAUGAACCUACCCCAGAAGGUGUUGACGACGAAAUUCUUUUGGACAUAGUCGAUGUUUUCCUCAAGUACAUCCCCGACAAAUCGAUGCAAAUGAGCCUUGCUUCUGUCGUUUCCGAGGCCCUUCAGAUCUCCCCCCAGAGAGCACAGUUUUGCCUCGAGGAAAGGACGCCAACCUACACGGAUAAGAACAACUCAGUUGUGCUUGGCCGUGAAGUUUGCCAGAAAAUCAAGGUCCCAAGUGGAUCCGCACAAAAGCUUGCUGCUGCAGCAUCGCGAUUUGCUUCUACCAGGUCCGCUCUAUCCAUCAUGGAACAGGUUGCUGCCUCGGUCCAAAUGGCAGAGCCUGUCUUGCUGGUUGGAGAAACUGGUAUCGGAAAGACGACUGUCAUUCAACAUCUCGCCACAUUGAUGCGACAGAAGCUGACUGUUGUCAACUUGUCGCAACAAAGUGAAAGCACCGACCUGUUGGGAGGAUUCAAGCCUGUCAGCAUCCGUACGAUGGCUAUACCGAUGUUGGAUGAAUUUACCCAGCUUUUCGAAUUGACCUUCUCGGCCAAAAAGAACCAGAAGUUCCUAUCUUCGGUGACGAAAAGCGUGGCUUCGGGUAACUGGGUUCGCCUGGUGACUCUUUGGCACGAAGCUGUCCGCCUAGCCAAUGGUGUCUUCAAUCCCGCGCCCCCGAAAGACGCCGACAACGCAGACGAACAGCCAUCAAAGAAGAGGAAGCUAGACUCUCCCAAGUAUCAACACUUGCGUCAACGAUGGGACAGUUUUCAAACCCAGCUUUCUGAUUUCGAAGCUCAAGUUUCCCAAGGUGACGCGAAAUUCGCUUUUGCUUUCGUGCAGGGUAAAAUCGUCAGAGCCUUAAGGAACGGUGAAUGGGUACUUUUGGACGAGGUCAAUCUCGCAUCUCCAGACACUCUUGAGAAUAUUGCCAGUCUGUUACAUCAUGGAAGCGAAGGCUCACCUUCUGUCCUGCUUUCUGAAGCCGGUGAUGUGGAAAGGGUCUUUGGCCAUCCCGACUUCCGCAUUUUCGGAGCCAUGAAUCCCGCAACAGAUGCUGGAAAGCGAGAUCUGCCACCUGGAUUGCGAUCAAGAUUCACCGAGUUUUAUGUUCAUUCCCCGGACAGCGACUUGAAUGAUCUUCUCGCAUUAAUUCAGAAGUAUCUGGGUGACCUGACAAUGGGCGACCAGAGAGUCGUCCCUGAUCUUGCCCAGCUCUAUAUGGAGACGAAGAAGCUUAGCAACGAGAACAAACUGACCGAUGGAGCUGGUCAGCGACCUCAUUUCAGCAUCCGAACGCUAGUCCGUGCCCUUGUCUAUGUCCUUGAUCAUGCCCACGUCUAUGGCCUUCGAAGAGCGAUCUUCGAGGGUUUCAGCAUGAGUUUCCUGACCGUACUGAGCUUGAACUCCGAGAGAUCUUUGGCUCCACUUCUCGAAAAGCAUAUCUUUGAGAAUGCUAAGAAUGCAAAGUCACUCCUUGGAAGAACACCCCGUGCGCCGGAAGACGGCCAGAACUACGUUCAAUUUAAGCAUUAUUGGAUGCGCCAGGGUCCUCUCAUGCCGGAGGAACAGCCCCAUUAUAUCAUCACUCCCUUUAUCGAGAAGAACCUGAAGAAUCUGGUCAGAGCCAGCUCGACUCGGCGUUUCCCAGUUCUGCUGCAAGGCCCAACAUCAGCCGGAAAGACGAGUAUGAUCGAGUACCUCGCCAAGGUAUCCGGAAACAAGUUUGUUCGUAUCAACAACCACGAGCACACUGAUCUCCAGGAGUAUUUGGGGUCGUAUAUUUCUUCUGACGACGGAAGCCUACGCUAUCAGGAAGGUGUGCUGGUAGAGGCCCUCCGAAAUGGUUACUGGAUUGUUCUUGACGAGCUCAACUUGGCGCCUUCUGAUGUCCUUGAAGCCCUGAAUCGACUGCUGGACGACAACCGCGAGCUUUUCAUCCCCGAAACCCAAGAGGUGGUUCACCCUCACCCCAAUUUCAUGCUUUUUGCCACUCAAAAUCCCGCCGGUCUAUAUGGCGGCCGCAAAGUCCUCUCCCGCGCUUUCCGAAAUCGUUUCCUCGAACUGCAUUUCGAUGACAUCCCCGAGAGCGAGCUGGAGUUUAUUCUCAAAGAGCGAUCCCAAAUUGCCCCAUCCUUCUGUACAAAAAUCGUCUCUGUGUACCGGAAACUGUCGCUGCUUCGCCAAUCAAACCGUCUCUUCGAACAGAAGAACAGUUUUGCUACACUUCGUGACUUGUUUCGAUGGGCUCUUCGCGAUGCCGAUGACCGUGAACAGCUAGCUGUCAAUGGGUUCAUGCUCCUUGGUGAACGCGUGCGAAACCCCCAAGAGAAAGCUGCUGUCAAGAAGGUGAUCGAGGAGGUCAUGAAGGUUCGGUUGGACGAGAAUGUUCUAUACGGCGACAAAGAACUCGAGAAGAGUGUUCCCCAAAUGGCUGGGCUUCCUUCCGGGAUUGUUUGGACUCAAGCCAUGAGACGCCUUUUCGUUUUGGUCUCCAAAGCUCUCAAGAACAACGAACCGGUCCUUCUGGUUGGAGAGACUGGAUGUGGUAAAACACAACUUUGCCAAGCAGUUGCAGAGGCUUUCAAGAGAGAAUUGUUCAUCGUCAAUGCUCAUGUCAAUCUCGAGACUGGUGAUCUUAUUGGUGCUCAAAGGCCAAUCCGAAACCGUGCUGCGAUUGAGAAGCAACUCACCGAUGAUCUUCAGCUCUUAAUCCAUGGCGAGGUAUCUGGAAAUCUCCCUCUUGAACAAUUGAAGCAAGAUCUGUCAACCCUUGAUGCGCAACAAAGACAAGAAAAAGAUCAAGAUCUUUUGCGCAAGAUCGAAAGAAACAUUAUUCGGUCCAAUGCAUUGUUUGAAUGGUCCGAUGGUAGCCUGAUCACUGCCAUGAAAACUGGGCAGUUUUUCCUGCUUGACGAGAUUUCGCUUGCCGAUGAUUCCGUCCUCGAGAGACUAAACAGUGUCCUCGAACCGCACAGAUCGAUUCUUCUGGCCGAAAAGGGACCAGUCGAUUCAAUGGUCGUGGCCGACGGAGGAUUCCAGUUCCUCUCAACCAUGAACCCUGGUGGUGACUAUGGCAAACGAGAACUUUCGGCGGCUCUCCGAAACCGUAUGACUGAGAUUUGGGCACCUCAAUUAUCCGACGAUGAAGAUAUUCUUCCUAUCCUUCAUAUGAGACUGGAUCUCAAGGAUGAGAAGGUGGCCAGGGCCAUGCUGCAAUUCGCCAAAUGGUUCAAGACAACUUUCCAAAACACAUCGACUACCUCCCUAUCUCUUCGUGACCUUCUUGCCUGGGUCGACUUUGUAAACACUUGCCAGAACGCAGAUACUCUUUUUGCUAUCAUUCAGGGUGCUGCCAUGGUAUUUGUUGAUACUCUUGGAGCCAACCCGGCUGCGAUGCUUGCUGUAUCUCUCAACAACCUCGAGGGAAAUCGCCAGAAGUGUCUUGACAAACUGAGUGAAUUGUUCAAUGCAGAUGCCUCUGCAAUCUACCGGAAAUCCUCGACAGUCACCCUUGAGCCUGGAUAUCUGCACGUUGGUCCAUUCUCACUUCCAACUGUUGGCGAGACCGACCCCGACCCUCAAUUUACCAUGGAUGCCCCCACCACGAUUGCGAACUCGGUCAGAAUCGCUCGUGGUCUGCAGUCAUCAAAGCCUAUCCUGCUGGAAGGCAGUCCGGGUGUUGGUAAAACUACUCUCGUUACGGCUCUUGCAAAGGCUCUUGGGAAGCCUCUCACUCGAAUCAAUUUGUCGGAGCAGACAGAUCUUACGGACUUGUUUGGAUCUGAUGUACCGGUAGAGGGAGGAGACGUUGGUCAGUUUACCUGGCGUGACGCCCCAUUCUUGCGAGCAAUGCAGCGCGGUGACUGGGUGCUGCUGGAUGAGAUGAAUCUGGCCUCGCAGUCAGUUCUCGAGGGUCUGAACUCCUGUCUGGAUCACCGGCAACAGGUCUACAUUGCCGAGCUUGACCAAACCUUCAAACGUCAUCCAAACUUCGUUCUUUUCGCAGCGCAGAACCCGCAUCACCAGGGUGGCGGCAGAAAGGGUCUUCCCGCAUCAUUUGUCAAUCGUUUCACCGUGGUCUACGCAGACAGCUUCACAGAUGAUGAUUUAAAGAAGAUCUGCUCGAAGCUCUUCCCUGGAAGCCCCUCUCACCAGACAGAGCGACUGGUUGAUUUCAUUUCUGCAUUAAACAGAGCCAUUGUGACUGAACGUCGACUGGGUGCUGCUGGUGGUCCAUGGGAGGUCAAUUUGCGAGAUAUCCAACGAUGGUUGCAGCUGGCAGAUCGUGGAGAUUUGCAGAUUCCUACAAAACACUUCCUUGACGUUGUCAUCAACCACCGGUUCAGGAGCGAGGAUGACCGAACGUUCGUUUCACAGCUCUAUGAUCGUAUCUUCACCGACUCGGAAAUUGUUCCCAAAAGCUACUAUCACAAUCUGACUCCCGACUACUUACAAGUCGGCCUGGGAAUCUUGUCUCGUGACCCAGUUCUCCAGCGAUCGGUCGAGCCGCAAAUGAAGAUUCUUCCGAAGGAUCUACAUAUUCUCGAGUCUCUCGUCCUCUGCAUUGAUAACGCUUGGCCAAGUAUCCUUGUCGGUCCUGCCGGGUGUGGCAAAACCACCAUUGUCAAGAAGCUUGCUGCUAUCAAGGGCGCAAACAUAGAGGAGCUUGCUCUCAGCGCUGACACUGAUACUAUGGACUUGAUUGGUGGAUUCGAGCAGAUUGAUCACCGCAGAGAAGUUUCCUCUUUUGUGCAUGAUAUUGAGGUAUUCUUACGGCACCAAAUCAUAUAUUCUUUCGCUUCGGGAGAUGUUACGGAGGCCAUUGCUUCAGCCCUUCAGAUCUGCCAACACUUCCAAACUUCCGAAACCUCACUGGAGACUGUGAUUUCUUCAUUGUCAGUACUCUGCCAGUCACACCCUACUCCAGAGCUUCAAAACUUCCUCGAAAGAGCCCAGAACCUGUGGGAUCUCAUUCGCCACUCAGACAAGAUGAAGGUUGGCUUUGAAUGGACCGAGGGUGUUCUCACUCGGGCUGUUCAGAAUGGUGACUGGGUUAUUCUUGACAAUGCCAAUUUAUGCAACCCGUCUGUCUUGGACAGAUUGAACUCCUUGACAGAGCCCAAUGGUACAUUGAUUCUGAACGAACAGCGAACCGAGGAUGGAUCAGCCCGGAUCAUCACCCCUCAUCCCAACUUCCGAAUCUUCCUCAACAUGGAUCCUCGAAAUGGUGAAUUGUCGCGUGCUAUGCGAAACAGAUGUGUUGAGAUCUGCUUCAUGUCAAAUGAGGUCCAAGACACUCCCACCGCGACAGGGCCAUCAUACACCUGCGAGUCUUCUCUCUACCGCCUCCGUCAUAUCUGGAACCUCAACUCUGCCUCGGGAUCUGCCAAAGCCCAAGAUCUCUUCGAAGUCUGCCUAGACCAUCUAUCUUCAGCAGAUCUUUCCUACCUCCAAAUGGCGCCAGGCACAUACCUGCCAUUCAGCACAAGAGAAGGCGAUGACGACCACCAGUUCUCCGCUGCGCUGCAACGUCAUGCUUCUGCGCUGCAAGACAAUUCCCAGUGGAAACCUCUCAACGCCACAUCUGGUCAGAUCACAAUCGGUGGGGUGCCUUUGAGCCUCCAAGGACCGUUGCAGCCUAUCCAUCCUCUCAUUAACGAGCCGCUUGUCUCUAUCUCAGAGUCGAGUGACUACCAGUCUAAUAUGACCGUUUUGGCCUACCUCGAGGAAUUCAGACAUGAAGUUUACAGGCUUCGCCAAGGCCUGGUCCGUGCAAACGAAUCUAGCCAGCAACUCAAGCCAAGCCAAAUGACACGCCUGGAGCGAUCAUUGGCGUCGACUCGGAUUCAAUCUCUGAUGAAGGAUUCGACACAGCCAGUCGGAAAUUUCCUCUCUGACUGUGGCCAAGCACUGUAUGAGUUUAUCCAAAACCUGGAUGAGAACAGUUUACAGUCUCCAGAGAUUGUUGCUGCACUCCGGACAAUCACAAGUCUUUGCUGGGAUAUUUACCGAGUGACAGAUGUGGACCGUGUUGAUGAAGGCGAAUUCCAAGUUUACCUCCAAAUUGGUAGACGGGUUUGUACAUCAUUGCUCAAUUCGUCCCCCUUGCUGAAGCCACUGGAAGAAUCAUUGUCGCGCGCACUUGCUCGUUUCCGUGCCGAGUGGGAGUUGACGACCGGUUUGAGUAUGCAGCGAAUGUGGGAUUCAUGGAGACAUGUCACCCCUGCUUCCCAUGAGCAGCUUGCGUCAUUGAUUGAGUUGGAGAAGACCGUCUCCGACUUCACUUCACUUGCUCUGCAAACACGCGUCGAGUUGUCACAGCUCAGCAAGAUCUGGGAUUCAUUGUCGACUGCCCAACGCUUUAUUCUGGAUGGCGCGGACGGAGUUGCUCUUGUGCAGGGUAUCAAAGAAACAGUCGCCGAGCUCAGCCACGCAGUUCGACGUUCCGACUCUGCACAAUAUCCUUACUUUGCGCAAGACUUUGAGGCCCUUUGCCAAUACCACGAUCUCUCGUUCAAUGGCUCGGAUCAAGGCAAGUUCCAAACGGUUGUGCCUCUACUGGCUGGCCGUCUGGCGCGUUCCUUGGACUCCUCAGCUUCCACUAGCCGAGUCCCUGAAAUUCUGAACAGAGUCACCCUGUUCUCCGGCGCCGGCGAAAGUUCCCCGCUUGCCGUUGGAGGCGUUCUGUCUCUCUCCUUGUUGGAAAGGCUUACAUCUGUUCGCGACACAACCCUGGGCCAGAUGGACAUGUUGCAAGCCGAGAAGCAAGCUCUCACCAAAUCUCUCUCGCAAAGCACCCAGAACAUCUCAGUGGAUCAGUCUAGCAACCUCAGACGCACUGUUGCAGCUCUGACUGUGGACCUCCUCCAAGCCCACCACGAGCUUCUUGACACCAAUAGCGCCGAAGAAGUGAUUACCGUGCUUCGAGCCAUUGAGGGAGGGAACCCGGUCAAGAUUGAAUCCUCCAUGUCUAUCGCUCUGGAUAGAGCUGUUGGAAAGGACCACUUCUUCAGAGAGUUCGCCCAAACUGCCCUCCCAAGUCUCAUCCACUCCCUCGCUUCCACCCCCUCAAGUCGCGAGGAGAGUAUCCACUGCACUGGUGUUGCUGCCGUUCAGCUAUCUGUCAUGCUGCUCCGACUAUUUGUUCCGGACAAGGCAUUUGACCCAUCGCUUGGUCUCGUUGUGCAAAGAAAGCGCCAUUACCAACGUCUUGAUGAAAUCAGUGCGAAGUCUAAUGCGCUCCUCUCCUUUGAGACCACGUUCUCUGGCCAGGCUUCCAACCUGAGAUCUGCCUUGCUACAGACGGAGAUCCAGCAACUCGGCUCCGCUCCGCCUCCUUCGUCCGUUACUCGCCCGGACAAUUCGGAGUUGAGCCUUUUGCACGGAGAAUUUGCCAACUUGAUCAACUCCGUUCUGAACAGGAACCCCGAGGAAAUGAUUGCCACUCUUGAAAACGCCUCAAGAUCUAAAGAGACCAUCCAGCUGCUACGCGACAAUAUCAAGCAGCUGAGCAGCCGACUUCAGGUGCACUACAGAUCGUACGAUGAUAUGACCGUUCCCAUCGUUCGUUUCCUCCGACUUCUCGAUGUCGGCCUUUUCCUGGGCUCCAGUCAAACCAACCAGUCGAGCGAACAUACCGACAUUCAGACAUUGAGUGGAAAAACCCCUUUCAUGGGUGGAUCUACGCAUCCUGUCUUUUCAUCGGCCCAUGCUGAUACGCAGCCAAGUGCUAGCAACGCUAUCGAGAUGCGUCUCCACGAGCUGUCUAGUGUUUGGACUGCCAAGGAUGCCGACUCAACACUUCUUGAAUUCAAGUCCAGCCACGGUACGAUUCGGCGUAUCUUCGCUGAUUUCCACCAUCUUUGGAAGACUAGACUCAGAGAGGACCAAGAGAAGGAAGCAGAAAGCAAAAAUCUGUACCGCUACCGUGGCUCAUGGGAGGAUGAGGAAGAGGUCAACGAGACGGAAUUGCAUGAACUCUUCCCUACCUAUGACGAAGGCACCCCGCUUGAUCCCAAGGACGUUGGUCGCAUCGACCCCAGAGCAAUUGCUAUGCGACUUGCUGCUCUUCAUGCCAAUAUUGUGAGCGACAAGAAGACCGGCGAAGCGCUGUCAUCUCAUGUCAAACAAUCAGCUCGUCUGUUAGGUUCGAUAUGGUCUAAGAGCAAGGGCUCAUUCUCCCCUGUUUCUCCUGAGCAGCACCUGUCUGCAGUCUUCUUGCUUCUUGACGAGGAGAUUGGCGAAGACAACAAGGAUAGACAGAAGAAUUACAACUUCUACACUGAUUCCAACUUGGCUGAAGCUAGAAAACUUGUCAACCUCACCCUGGCUGUCCAAGCCCGUUUUGUUCAAAUCCAGCUUGCCUGGCCAGAGCAUGCAGUCCUUGCAGAGGUCAUCAAUUGCUGCUCCGAAAUUCUUCAGUUCAAGCACACCGAGCCUGUCGCCAAGUUCUUGACCAAGGUUGAAAAGCUCCAUUCCUACGUGCACGAGUGGCAACUGGUCGCCAGCCGGGAGUACUCCGCAGUCACUCAGUACGAUGAAAUCACCAGCAUGACCGUCGGUUGGCGUCGUCUUGAGCUCACAACGUGGGCCAAGCUCCUGGAUCUCGAGAAAGAUCGAUGUGAAGACGAUGUCAGCUCGUGGUGGUUUGUUGCUUAUGAAGCACUGUUUGCGGUGCCGCUGCAGAUGGCUGAUGAUGGCGAGCAUGACAUGAGCGUGCAUAUUCAAGGUGUCAUCUCAACCCUGGAACAAUUCUUUGCUUCGACGACCCUGGGUCAAUUUGGUCGCCGUCUUCAGCUUGUUUCCGACUUCAACGAGUUGCUUGGUGUUUUUGCCAACGAUCAUCCCUGCUUGACGCCACUCGUCUCCGCGUUGAAUAAUUUCAUCGCCCAUUUCCGCCCUUUCCAGCCGUCGGUGGACAAGAUCCUGCAGGAGAAGCGAUCCGCACUCGAGAAAGAUCUCAAGGAGCAAAUUCAGCUGGCAAGCUGGAAGGAUACCAAUAUCGUUGCUCUCAAGGAAAGUGCUAGGAGAUCUCACGUCAAGCUAUUCAAGCUUGUGCGCAAGUAUCGCGAAGCUCUCAACCAAUCGGCUCAGCCAGUCCUCGAGCAAGGUCUUCCAGAUGAUAUGGGAGAUUCAUUCGGGUCUCAAGCAGAUGAGAAAACAUUGGCCACUAUUGUCAUCCCUGAAGCAUUGUCCGUCUGCCAGCAGGAGAAUGAGCUGUGGGCAUCCCGAGCUCUCCGAUUCCGCAACCCUGAUGGCACAGCGCGCAACAUGAUGAACCUCUACACAUCAAUCCCCCGUGAAUUUGACAUCGCGAAGGAUUUGGACGGGUUCACCGUGUCCAUUAUUGAGGGCAUCAAAGAGUUCAAGUCCCAGACCCCCAAAACCUUGACCGAAGACAACAAGGACGAUGUCCAGCACCUUAAGGUUCAGAAGCGUCGCCUUUAUGCCGAUACUCUCAAGCAGCUCUUCGAAAUGGGUGUGAAGCGCAAUGCUGGAACAAGCGUGAUCGAAACCCAGGCAUCACUUGCUCAAAUCAUCUCCACCUGUGCAGCGUUCGAGACCGGUACCGCAAUCUCGAAAUCUGUCCACAGUGCUGAUUCAUACUUCCAUCGCCUAUUGGAUCUGUUGCCUCGUGCUCGUCUAGCAUCCAGAAACUACUCUGAGGAGCUCAGCAAUGUUGAGGUUUUCAGAAGUAUGGGUUCUAUCGAGCAUCUUCUGUUCGUCAUUCGUCGACAGCGAGGAGCUCUUGCACCUGCUAUGUCAGCUCUUGGGUCUUUCAAGAGUGUUCUAGACAACAUGCAGAGUCUCUGGUCAACUGGUUCAACCUCGCUCGUCAAAUCCAAUGCUACUGCCACUGAAGAAAGAUCCACUCUCGCAAGAACCCUCGCAUGGCUUGUCCCGAUCCUCGGUCUGGCAUCAAAGAUCAUUGAGAUUCAUUCCAAGUUCUCCGGUAUCCAGGCAGCUACCAUUCUUCAAGAGCUCGAGUCUAGAAAGACCGAAAUUGAGGACCUGCUGAAGAACCUCAGAUCUCUCCCGGAACUUCCAUCUGGUGUCGCAUCCUUGGUCCGAGAAGAAUUUUCCAAGCUGGCCCGUUCCUCUCUCGAUCAACUAUCUGCCGAUCUCAGUAGGUGGUCCCAAGAACGCCCUGAUUUGACCUUUGCCCUCCAGCAAAUCUCACCGUGGGCCCUGUCGAACAACAUUUCCCUCGCACAGCCAACCCAACAAGGCGAUAUUUCCAUCCAGGCUUUUGAUAAUAGUCUCCUUGCCGCAAUUGACAAGAUGCUUGUUGGUCUCCAGCAACUCAAGGAUGCCCCCACUGCUAUCAACUUCGCUGGUCUACUCUCGCGAAGCGACGAGUUCUUCACCCGAGCCACCAAGGCUGUCCAUAUCAAUGAGAUUACGUCUUCAUUGGUGGCUGUCCUUGAUCAGUUGCAGCAUCUACAAGACAAUUCGGCAAGUGGUCUUCCAAUUGCCGCUGCACUGGUUGCUAGUGUUCUUCCGAUUGUGAACCAAUACUUCUACAUCUGCCAAGACCUGUCUCAGCGAUUUAUCUCUGCCCACCGCGAGAUUUGCAAGACGUCUUACAUCUUGACUAAGACUUUCACUCAAGUUGCGUCCGAAGGUUUCUGCAGUCCCUCCGAAGCGUCCCAAGAACAGGGCAAGGAGGGGAAGCUGGAAAGCGGAACCGGUCUUGGUGAUGGUGAAGGUGCAGAGGAUAUCAGCAAGGAUAUCGGCGAUGAUGAAGAUCUCUCCGAGCUCGCUCAGCAAGGGAAGAAGGAGGAUGCCGAUGAUGAUGAGGAUGACAUGGAUGAUGAGGCCGAUGCCGUCAACAUGGAUCAUGACGAAAUGGAGGGUGAGACUGGUGAUCAUAAGGACGAAGAGGAUGAAGAAAAGGACGACAAGGAUGAGGAAGGAGAAGAUGAUCUUGAUGAGGAAGUUGGUGAUGUUGAUGAUCUUGAUUCCGGUGCUGUCGAUGAGAAGCUCUGGGAUGGUGAGAAUGAUGAGAAACAGAAAGAGACGGAGAACGAAGAAGGAAAGGGUCAAGCUGAGGCUGAUGAACAGACUGCUGCCCAAGACGAUAAGAAGGGCGAGGAAGGACAAAAGGGUGACGAAGGAGAGGAGGAAGAGGAGGAAGAGGAAGAAGAGGAAGAUCCAGACAAUGAAGGAGAAGCAGUUGGUCGUGAAGACAUGGACGUCACCGACCCCCAAACCAAGGAGGAAGAAGCUCUGGAGCUUCCCGAGGAGAUGCAACUGGAUGGUGAUGACAUGGACGGCGGCGAUGAUGGGGAAGACGAUGAUGGCAUGGACGAUAUGUCAGACAUGGGCCCUCUCCCCGAAGAAGAACAAAAGGCCGAUGGAAAGGAAGAUGAGGCCGGAGAGGGAGAGGAAGACGAAGACAUGGAGCAAGCUCCUGGUGAGGAGGAAGAGAUUGAAGGUGAAGGUGAAGGCGAAGAAGAAACCAACGAAGGGGAAGCGAAUGAAGAGGAGGAAAAUGAAGCUGGCGGAGAGGAUCCCGAGGAGCCCGACCAGGAUGAAUUCCUUGCUCAACGCGACGAGAAUGAAGCUGGCGGUGACGAAGUUGCUCCCAGUGAAGCUGUCACUGGUGGCCUUGGUGCUGACCAAGAUCAAAAUGAAGACAAGGGCGCUUCUGGUGACGCACAGCAGGAAAGUGGUUCAAACGACCCUAAUGCUAGUGCUGAGCAGAAAACAGGCGCUGCUAAAGACAGCGAGGAGACCAAGCCCAGCCACGACGCCGGCGGAGGUGAGGAAUCAGAGCCAAAUGAUCCUCAAAUCCAAGCCUUCAAGAAACUUGGAGAUAUGCUCGAGGAAUGGCAUCGUCGUCAAAAGGAAGUCAAGAAUCCCUCGCAAGAUGAAGAGGACUCGCAGGCUCUGCCAGAAGACACCGACAUGGCGGAUGCUGAUUUCGAACACCUCAAGGAUGACGAUGACCAGGCCGAUACUCAAGCCCUUGGACAAGCAAAUGAGGAGCAGGCAAAGGCUCUCGACCAAAACAAGGGUGUUGAGUCUGACAAUAAGCCGACGGAGAAUGACAUCCUGCCCGAUGUCUCUGAGGAGCUUCAAGAUGCCCUCGACAACCAGCUACAGGAUGAGAUGCAACUUGAUCGCGAAAUGCUCCCGACUGAUGGUCAAUCCGCUGGAGCAUUCAUUCCUGGUGAUCACACAUCUAAAGACAACGCAAAUGGCCAUGCCGGUGCUCAAGAUCUGACCGAGGAACUGGAUGAAGUCGACACGCAACUUGCGGCAAUUCACCUCUCUUCAUCGCUCCCACCAUUGACCUCCGAAGCUGACGCCCGCCGCCUCUGGUCUCAAUACGAGAACGCAACAAACGAUCUCUCGCUCUCCCUCACCGAGCAGCUUCGUCUCAUCCUCGCCCCAACCAUGGCCACCAAGCUCCGUGGUGAUUUCCGCACUGGUAAGAGACUCAACAUCAAGCGCAUCAUCCCCUACAUCGCAUCGCAGUACAAGCGCGACAAGAUCUGGAUGCGCCGUUCCAUUCCAUCCAAGCGCAAUUACCAGAUCAUGCUGGCCGUCGACGACAGCAAGUCCAUGCUCGAGAGUGGAAGUGGACAACUCGCCUUCGAAACCCUCGCCCUCGUCGCAAAGAGUCUCAGCAUGCUCGAGGCCGGUGAUCUGUGUGUCUUGGGCUUCGGCAGUGAAGAUCAUGUGCGUGUUGCGCACGAAUUCGGCAAGCCUUUCUCCUCCGAGGCCGGCUCUCAGGUCUUCCAGCACUUCAGCUACCAACAGACCGGUACCAAUGUGCGCAAGCUGAUUGCCGAUUCCAUCGCUCUUUUCCGCGAGGCGAAGUGGAAGCGCUCACCUGGUUCUGGCUCUGCUGAUCUUUGGCAGCUUGAGCUGAUUAUCUCCGAUGGUAUCUGCGAGGAUCACGAUACUAUUCGCCGCCUGGUUCGCCAGGCUCUCGAGGAACGCAUUAUGAUUGUGUUCAUUAUUGUUGAUGCUGUGAAGGGUAGCUCCAUUCUGGAUCUCUCGCAGGCUAGCUUCGAGCCUGAUGCGGGUGGUGAAAUGAAGCUCCAGAUGAAGAGGUAUCUGGAGGACUUCCCCUUCCCCUACUACUUGGUUGUUCGUGAUGUGAGAGAGCUGCCUUCUGUGUUGGCAACUGCAUUGAAGCAGUGGUUUGCCGAAGUUGUUGAUGUCUCGUCAUGA